UCACAGAAGCACUUCAGUUUAGCAUCCUAAAUGAACAAGAACCCACCAUCUUAUCCUGAGCCAGGCCCAACUGGUCCAUAUCCAGCUUAUCCACAACACCAUGGUACAGGCCCUAAUGCUGCUUACCCUGGUUAUCCACCUCCUCCAGGAGGACAACCUGUGCAUCAAGGUUAUCCACAAUAUGGCUGGCAGAAUGUACCUCCUCAACCAGAAUGGUUUACACAGGUGCUCCAAAAAAGCACAGUUUACGUUGUAGAAGAUCGCAGAAGGGAGGACACUGGAGAUACAUGCUUGACAGCAUGCUGGACUGCCCUCUGCUGCAGUUGCCUUUGGGAUAUGUUGACUUAA